GUCUCCCCACUGCUUAGAAGGCCGAAAAAGCACACGCUUUGCCCAUCAGAUUGGGCUUUCCGUGUGCUGAACAGCGCCAUCCAGCUGCGCUCACCGUUGAAAUGCUCAGCCUUGCUCGCAGCGCCCGGCAGCGGCAUGCGCAGCGCGUGGCCUAUCGUGCGCAGCGUAGCUUCCGAGCGUGGGUGGUGGAUGCCGACAAGGGGAAGUUGAAGUCCCGUGAGGUGAAACACUUCGAGCAUGUGAGAGAGCUGCCGCAGCCAGAUCCUGAUGCCACCGUGACGGUGGACGUGAAGUACAGUGAUUUGAACUACAAGGAUGCCAUGAUUUUUCAGGGGCAGCACGGCGUCGUGCGGCGCUUUCCGUUGGUGCCGGGCAUCGACUGCGCCGGGCUCGUGGCGAGCAGCACGUCCGAGCUGUGGCAACGGGGCGAUGCUGUGGUGCUCACCGGUAACAAGAUCGGUCAGCACAGUGACGGUGGCUACAGCGAGCAAUGCCGAGUGCAGGCUGAAUGGCUGGCGCCGAAACCUGAGUCCUUGACUUUGGAGGAGUCGAUGAUCAUCGGCACCGCUGGCUUCACGGCCAUGCAGAUGGUCCUCGAGUUGCAGGACGCUGGGCUCCAGCCUGGUCCGGCACCCGUGCUGGUCCUGGGAGCCGCGGGCGGAGCUGGGUCCAUGGCGGUGGCCAUCCUGGCACAGCUGGGCUACAAGGUCGUGGCAUCCUCGCGACGAGCAGAGUCGUUGAGCAGCUACUUCCAAGAGCUUGGCGCCUUUGAUGUGAUCGGAGCUUUGGAACGUAACCCAAAGCCUCUCCAAGACCAGCGCUGGUCCGCGGUGCUGGAUUGUGCGGGUUCUCCGUCUUUGGGCACUGCCUUAGCACAGCUGCAGUACCAGGGCGCCUGCGCAUGCAUCGGCGUGGCCGGAGCUCAACAUGUGGAGGCGAGCUUGCAACUCGACUGGCCAGGUAUCCCUUCGUGCUCCGUGGCAUUCGCCUCAUCGGUGUGGAUGCCACGCUGCCCUGGAACGUGCCCGGCUACCCUGGCGACGUUGCGACGUGGCGGCGCGACCGGGAGAAACGCUUGGAGAUUUGGCGGCGCCUGGAUGAGCUGAAGCUCCACCAGGCGCUUCGCACCAUGCACGAGGCGACCAUUCCUUUGGAAGAGCUGCCCCAGUGGUGUGAGAUGCCUGGAAUGAAGGGGACUGGUAUACAUGUAUGGUAUUGCAAUGUCUUGUGUGUAGUUUAUAGUAUGCUUUUUCUUGCUAACGCCCCAAGAAUCUACCUUGAAUGGCUCUUGCAAGAAACAAGCGCAUGUUGGAUUGAAGAUUAGCAGUUUGAGAAUGGUGUUGUAGGAGGGAUCAACUCUAGAUCGCCCCCGGCUCUCCUUUGCAUUCCUUUGUUUGCAGUUCCCAAGUUCUUUCAGAAUUGAUAUGCCAGCACUUCUUGCCACUCACAAGGCUCCCUUGGACCAAGACUUCGAAGCUUCCUGUGCAUUCUCAUGUCUUGCUUCUGAGUUACCCAGUGUAUUAACAUCAUUUUAGGAUAUGCAGGGCCUAUAAAACAUCAUACAAUUAGAGGACGGAAGACUCUGAGCGUCCACUUCUGGUUCAUUUUGCAGGAUUAUAUUAAAACCCGUUAUCCUUUUUUUUCCAUUAUCUCAAUUGGAUUUACAGUUUAUAUAUAUAUUUAUACAUAUUGAUUAGCAAUUCGUCACGUGUCCAUUCUAGAAAAAGAAAGAGGAUGGUGGAAAUCACUCAUACAAGCAGGGAAAACUAGGAAGAGGGAGUGCCUACUAAUACAACACACUGAUCAAGAAGAACCGUGGAAUGAUGGAAUGAUUCGGGAGGAGUACUAAUCCAAAACUGCUAUAGGAUUAUUCCUUUUGCAUUUGACCAAACUCCUUGCAUCAAUGAUUGGUUGAUGCAUUUGUGUGUGUUGGUGACCAGCAAUCUUAAAGUAAAGUUCAGUUAAACGCACAUGACUGAGAAGAGCUUUGUGAGGAGAAAGACCAAAUGUCAAUGUUCUUUCACUUUCUUCGGCCAAAACACAUCAAGCUUGCAGGCCACCUCGGCCCACGGUGCAAUGGCCAUUCACCAUUCCUCUCUUAGUCGAACCACAACUCCUGGCCCAUUUUGUUUCCUGCUCGUGAGAGUCUUCUACCUUUCAUAGACCCCGCAAGAUUGGAGCAAUGGCCCAAACAGAGACUUGUUUCAAGUUUCUAGCACAAGAUUCGCUCGAGGAUGCUGAAGCAUGUGUUUGCAGUCGAGUACGAAAAACCCAUCAAUCCCACCACCAUGGGCUCAUGUACUAGUCCAUGGUCUGCCAGGACUCAGGACACCCCCUUGGAUCACGUCUUCCCAGGAAGAUCCUGGCGGGGCACGUCCGUGGGCGUGUAGUGGUGGAUGUUGGCGCCUGAUCCACCCGGGCCCGGCCGACGCUACGGCGGGAAACCGCGCGAGUGAACGGGGAGCGAGCCCUACUGGUGCUCGGUUCCCUAACCACUUAUACAGUGGUUUCAGAGGUUCGAUGGCACAGAGCUGGUUCGAUGUCCUAGACAGAUGGGGGUCCAUAUAAACCGACAUUGGGGUCUGUGCCAUUGGUCCUCUCAAUCCACUAUAGCAACUCUGAGUUGGAGAAUGCACUCCAAGAGUGCUCCAAGAUUACUCGGGGGCGCUGCGACACGUGGAGUCCAUUUGACAUCUGGGACAUCGGCGUCCGAAUUAGACAUGCAUUGUGACCGCCUUGGGGUUCCAAACGUGGGCAGCGUGCCGCCGCUUGCACGCCUCUGUAGUACUGUCCUGGAAUGGGACUGUCCAUGCGCCCCCCGCUGUCCUGACUCAAGGUCGGCCUGAGCAAGUGGGAGAAGGAUCAACCAAUCCCAAGCACGACUAAUGGGACUGCCAUAUAUGCCCA